GUAUUCGCUGCAAGAGCAGGUGAAGGGGUGGAUUGAUGCAUUUGAUGAGCUCGACGGCAUGUACGGCGGAGCGCCCAAGAUGUUCCUGUGUGCGCACAGCGUCGGCUCGUACAUAGCUGAGAAGAUUGUCGAGAGCCGUGCAGACCGCGUUGACCGGGUCUUUGAUCUGUUCCCGACAGUCGACCAUAUUGGCGAUACGCCGAAUGGACGCAAGCUGCAGGCGCUGUUCCGGCCAGGCGUGCGGCAGGUAGUGUCGGGACUGGCCGAGCUAGGCUCGUGGAUUCUGCCCAACUCUGUGAUGCAGAUGCUGGCGCUGCGGUCUGGCAGCCUGGACGCCGAGAACUCGGCGGUGGUCAUUGACAAGAUGGUCAAUGGCAGCUGCAUCAACAAUGUGCUGCGGAUGGCGGCAGACGAGAUGGCCACGAUCAAGGACGUCAAUGAGAAGCUGUAUGGGGCGAUGGGCGACAAGUUCGUCAUGUACUACGGGCGCAAGGACGGGUGGGUGCCCAGCGACCGGUUCAAGAAGAUGUGCCAUAUUAACUACAAGGGCAACGUGGUUAUGUGCGACAAGGGCAUCUCGCAUGCAUUUGUUACGUCCCAUCCGCUGGAGACGGCGGAUGUGGUGGGCGAGUUUAUUCGGCAGGCGGUCAACCCAAAGGCCUCCGAGUCGCUCUGAGAUUCUGUUACAUAGCGUCUUUCGUCUUUUUUAUUCGUUUUGGCUGGGCGAGCAGAGGAUUCCCCCGCUGCUGGCUUGAGGUUGUUUUUCACGUUCUAGCAAUAUUCCGGUGAUCACAGCGUA